CUGGCAGUGAGCGAGGUCAACGGCAGCGUGUCCGCUGAGGUCCAGUGGCCGGAGGCCGAGCGCUGGCUCCUGGUGGCCGUGCUGGCUGUGGAGAUGCUGAUGGGAGUGGUGGGGAACAUCUGCGUCCUGACGGUUAAAGUCAUGUGCCGGGGUCAGUUCCGCUGCCGUUACUGGCUCCCUUUCUUCAGUCUCAGCCUGUCGGAUUUAGGCUGCUCCCUCCUCAUCACCUCCGGCUCCAUGCUGGCCACCAUCGCAGAGGGACAGAGCUCGCCGUGGUGCGAGGCGGUCAGCCUGCUGAAGUUUGCCUUCAUCACCUCAUCUAUAGGCAGCAUAGCUAUCCUCUGCGUCCAGCGCGCGAUGGGCCCAUCUUCCGCCAAGAGCCCCGUCUUUGUCGUCAUGGCGACGGCCUGUUCGGCCUCCUGGUUGACCGGGGUGGUGUUCGGGAGCGUCCCCGUCGUCUACGCCUGGAUCAGGUACGACCCGGCGGAGAUGCUGUGCGCCGUGUUCUGGGAGAACAGCUACUCCGACAUGCUGACCUACAUCCUCUGCGCGUUCUCCCUCUGCAUCUUCCUCCCCUUCCUCCUCAUCUUCGCCUGCUCUGCGAUAACAGCCGCCGGAGGCCUCCGGGGAAACAGGGAGGCCGAAGCAGAUCUGUCUGACGUGGCUCCUCUGCUGGUGGCCUCCUACAUGGUCUGCUACACACCCUUUUUUGUUUCGGAGCUCGUCCUGUUGGGGAGCCUGGACCUGGCCCCGGCUCCUAAUUGGCUGAGGACGCUGUCGUCUGUGAUGUCCUAUUUGGACUGUGGGGUGAACCCUCUCAUCUACUGCUGCCACCAGACCUUCAGGGAGGCGGGCCUGGCCCUGCUGUGGACCAGACGGAGGGCAGAGUCGGAGCCCGUCCUGACCGCCAUAACCACCACGGAAACGUAG